UCAGCUGAUUUGCCAGAAGACGCGAGGCCGUGAUAGAGAGCAGACGUCUUCGUGAAUCCCUCCUUAAUUAUCAUGACAAUGGGGCUUAAAUCGUGCAUUUUCCUGCUGCUGGUGUCCUUGGGUUUGUCUCGAGGUGGGAAGAACAUUGAGGAAGACCAGUAUGGUGUGAGAUAUGCUACGGAUUGUGAAGUUUGUAAGCUGGUGAUGAAGGAGCUCGGGGAAAAGUUGCAGUCAAAGGACUCUUCAGGUGUCAUUGAGACAGGAUAUAACAUAGAUGCAUCCAAGAAGAAGACCAAAUACAAUAAGUCGUAAGUACAG